AGGCACCCGGGAGCCUGGAGAUGGACACAUUCUGGAGGCGGCCCGUACAGAGCAGUGAUUUUUGACAUGGGCGGAGUUCUGCUUCCUUCUCCAGGGAGAGUGGCUGCAGUCAAAGACCUCCGUGCCCGUGGACUCCUUUUUCUCUCUGCUGACCAGUGAGCGAGUGGCGAAGCAGUUUCCAGUGAUGACUGAGGCCAUAUCUCAGAUUUGGGCUAAAGACCUUCAGACUGCAGUCUUGAGCAAUAAUUUUUAUCUUCCCAAUGGGAAGAGCUUUUUGCUCCUGGACUGGAAACAAUUUGAUGUGGUAGUAGAAUCCUUCCUGGAAGGUGUCUGCAAGCCAGAUCCCAGGAUGUAUAAGCUGUGCUUGGAGUGGCUCGGCCGGCAGCCUUCUGAGUCCAUCUUUCUUGAUGAUCUUGGACCAAAUCUAAAAGCAGCUGCCGGCCUUGGUAUUCACACCAUUAAGGUUCAUGACCCAGAGACUGCAGUAAAGGAAUUGGAAACUCUUUUGGGAUUUCCAUUGAGAAUGGCUGUUCCAAACAUUCGCCUUGUGAGAAAGACGAUGGAAAUUCCCAAAGACUCCUUGGAGAAGUACCUCAAAGACUUACUGGAGACCCAAGUCACAGGCCCAUUGGAACUCCUUCAGUUUGAUCACGGGCAGUCAAAUCCCACCUACUAUGUCAAGCUGGCUAGUCAUCAGCUGAUUCUGAGGAAGAAACCCCCAGGGACACUUCUUCCAUCCGUGCAUGCAGUAGAGAGGGAGUUCAGGAUGAUGGAAGCCCUUGUAAAUGCUGGAGCCCAUAUGCCCAAAGUUCUUCACCUCUGUGAAGAUUCGAGCAUCGUCGGCAACGCCUUCUAUCUGAUGGAAUACUGCCCAGGCCUCAUCAACAAAGACCCCUCUCCACCAGGCUUGGAGCCCAGCCAGAGGAGGGCCAUCUACACUGCCAUGAAGAGAGUCUUGUGCAAGAUUCACAGUGUGGACCUCAAGGCUGCGGGCCUGGAAGACUACGGGAAACACGGGCAAGCAAGCUCGGUGACUGUGAAACAAACUGGAAAGCUGACUGAAUUUAUGUGUAACCUGGCAUGGGAUUUUCCAGUCAAAAAGAGGUUCCAGAUUUUCAAGGAGAUGCUGGCCACCAAACCGUUAAUGGGGUCCCACCACUCAUGGUCCAGGCCACAGUCCCUGCUGAGGACCCCAAGCAUCAGAAGUUAUGUCACCUCCACAGACUCUUCUCCAGCUCUUGCCUCAAAGGGAGCUCUGAUCUUCUCUCCAGAAGGCCUUUCCCCCCGAGUCAGGGAGCUGUAUCAGCAACUGAAGGAGUUUAUGGAGCGACAUGUGUACCCUGCUGAGCCGGAGCUACAGCGUCACCAGGCCUCGGCCGAGAGGUGGACCCCCUCCCCACUGGUCGAAGAUCUCAAGGAGAAAGCCAAGGCCGAAGGACUCUGGAACCUUUUCCUACCCCUGGAGACUGAUCCCGAGAAGAAAUAUGGAACAGGGCUGACCAACGUGGAGUACGCACAUUUGUGUGAGGUCAUGGGCACGUCUCUGUAUGCUCCCGAGAUCUUUAACUGUUCUGCUCCAGACACAGGGAACAUGGAGCUUCUGGUUCGAUACGGCACCGAGGAGCAGAAGGCCCGCUGGUUGGUUCCAUUGCUGGAGGGAAAGGCUCGCUCCUGUUUCGCUAUGACUGAGCCCCAGGUCGCCUCCUCAGAUGCCACCAACAUUGAGUCUUCCAUCCGAGAGGAAGAUGGCUUCUACGUCAUCAAUGGUCACAAGUGGUGGAUCACAGGCAUCCUGGAUCCUCGCUGCCAGCUCUGCGUGUUUAUGGGAAAAACAGACCCACAUGCCCCACGCCACCAGCAGCAGUCCAUGUUCUUGGUUCCCAUGGAUACCCCAGGGAUAAAAAUCAUCCGGCCUCUGAAGGUGUAUGGGCUGGAGGAUGCACCAGGUGGCCACGGUGAAGUCCUGUUCGAGCAGGUGCGCGUGCCCAAAGAGAACAUCAUCCUGGGCCCUGGCCGGGGCUUUGAGAUCCUCCUAGGCCGACUAGGUUCUGGCAGGAUCCAUCACUGCAUGCGGCUGAUUGGCUGCUCAGAGAGGGCGCUGGCGCUCAUGAAGGCCCGAGCGAAGUCCCGUGUGGCCUUCGGGAAGCCCCUGAUAGAGCAGGGCACAGUCCUGGCAGACAUUGCCCUAUCCCGCGUGGAGAUUGAGCAGGCCCGGCUGCUGGUGCUGAAAGCUGCCCACAUUAUGGAUGUGGCGGGAAAUAAGGCUGCAGCUCUGGAUAUUGCCAUGAUUAAAAUGGUAGCCCCAUCCAUGGCUUCCCGAGUGAUUGAUCGUGCUAUUCAGGUCUUUGGAGCAGCAGGGCUGAGCAGCGACCACCCACUGGCUCAGUUCUUCGUGGGGGCCCGAGUACUGCACCUUGCUGAUCAGGUGCACCAGAGGUCAGUGGCCAAGAUGGAGCUGAAGCACCGCAGUUAGACCUGCAGGAGUCAGAUCGUCCCCGCUCAAAUCUUUAAAUGAUGUGCUUUCAAAGGCCUGGUAUGUGUGCUCCUUGCACCCCUCCCGGCAGCACUGUCCUGGGAUCCUUGUUGUGAACCUAGCCUUGAUGGGUCCCUACAGAACACACUCCUGUGUAAGAAGCCUGGAGUUGUCUGUUUCAGGCAAGGGGGAAGGGGAGUAAUGAAGUGCCUGGAGAGGUGAUCUUUAGUCCAGGUGCCAGAUGAACAGCCAGGCCCCUUCUCUCUGGCUGUGGGACUCUGCAUGAAUAUUAGGAGUCCUGCCAGGGUGCUGUGCCUGUGGUUGCUCCCAAUCUGAGGAUGAUACGGUGGCCUCCUGUUCUGUGUCCCCCACCGCCCCCAGCUGAUGGUGGCAGCCUACAGAGCCAGGGCAGGAGUGCUCUGGGAGAAUGGAAAUAAACCCAAAUUGUGAAGCCA